AGUAUGUAGUCUAACACUAACAGUACAUGUACAUGUACGUAGUAACAGAACACUGCAGAAUGAAGAAGUGCAACUGGACUGCAGCUACAUGGUGUUAAACGGGAAAAUUACUCUUCAUCCGAAUCAUGUCCAAGAUGUCUGUUUCCAAACCUCUCGUCUUGGCCACCAUCUUACUGAAUGGCAACGAAAUCCUGAAGAAACCAGUCCGUGCAAACACAAUGGAGGAACUUCAAAGGGCGGCCAGAAGUGUCUGCCCAAGUCUUGGCACUUCAAAAUUACAACGCAUUCUGCUGUUUGACAAGACGUUUGAUGAAUACAUUGAUGUUGAAGACCAUGUUACAUCAAGUCAUGAGAAGUUUCUCCUUCAUUUCUCAACGUGCAACCCCUCAUCUCAAGCUCAGUCCAGUUCCAGCACAGCUGGUACCCAAAAAGACAAACCUAAUAAUAAGACGCUUAAGCAAGUGACUCCAAAAGUCACUAAGCGCAAACGUAAGGUACGAAGUAAACCACCCAUACAGAGCUUUGUGGAUGACACAUCAGUUGAUGAGGAGGAGUUAAAACACAAGUCCCAGAUAUUUGGGAAAAGUGGUGGGAAGCUGAACAGAUACCAGCAACACAUCAACAAGGAAGCUUUCUUACUGGUGAAAGCUAACCCUGCUCUCCUUGAAAACAGAGGUCAUCUUCUGACAGCGGCAAGGAAAGCCUUGCAUGACUGUGGGUAUGACUACGCACACGGAAACAAAACUAGGAGCAAGGUACUGGGGAAACAAGUCAGCGGAACAUAUACCAAGACUUAUUCAAGAGCCAAGGCAAGGAACGAGAGGUUGGAAGAGAUUGCUGACCAAACCAGAAGCCUGGAGACUCAAUUGGAAUACUUUCAAAAGGGAAAGGAGAUAGCAUCUGCUUCCCAAAUGUAUGAGGAGGCAGCUGCAUUUGAACAACAAGCAGAGGAACUAAGAUCCAGGUUGCGCCAGCUAGGUGAAGAGCAAUUCGAGAUAAACAGGAAAACAACUUUUCUUCUCAAAAAGAAAAAUCAAAGGAAGUCCAAGGCACGAAGGCAAGGCACAAGCAAGCAACAACCACCAAGUGAUGAUGUACAGAUGGAUGAAGAUGAUCAACCAACAACCACCAGUUGAAACAGCCAUACUGUACACGCAUGUACAUGUACACCGUACCCGGUACAUUAAUGUAUCUAUAGGGUGUAGGACAGAAAACCUCUCCUGAGCAGCAGCAAUAGGGCCUUGAACAUUGUCAUGCAUGCUCAAGGAUGCUGUAUUCAUUGAAUAGGCUCUGACAGAACUGGUUAUUUUGUAGCUUAGUGGUUUUUACUGCACAGGUCUUUAAGAAAAAGAUACAUGUAACCUAAAGAAGGAUUGCAGGUGCAAUUUUAGUGCAUGUGUAGGCCUAUGUAUUUAAUUUGGGGUUUUUACGGUAUGCUAGUCAGUCCUUCUGAUUUGAAAAUCACAGGCGUGUGGA